AUGGGUCGCCAUCGUGGAGCACUUUUUUGUAACAUGAACCUGAAAGAUUCAUAUAUAGGAGAUGACGCCUUAUCCAAACGUGAUAUUCUUAAUCUUAAUUAUCCUAUUGAGCACGGUAUUGUGAUGAAUUGGGAUGACAUGGAAAAAAUUUGGCAUCAUAUAUUUUACAAUGAACUUCGUGUCGCUCCCGAGGAACAUCCUGUGCUCUUAACUGAAGUGCCGCUACACCAUGAAUCUGAAAUAAAAAAACAUGAAUCUAAUCGAAAGAAGUAUGAAGCUAACCGAGAGAAGAUGACUCAAAAUAUGUUUGAAGCUUUUAAUGUGCCUGCCCUUUAUGUUGCAAAUCAAUCUGUUCUUUCAUUACAUUCAACUGGUCGUGAUACUGGUAUUGUUCUUGACUCUGGUGAUGGUGCCACUUAUGCAGUACCAGUCCAUGAAGGUCAGACUCUUCCUGAUACUAUUCUCCGUCUCGAUUUGACUGGUCGUGAUUUGACUGAAUACCUUAUGACAAUUCUUAUGAAACGUGGUUAUUCACUCAUGACUUCUUCUGAAUAUGGGAUUUUUCGUGAUAUUAAAGAAGAACUCUGUUAUGUUGCAUUGGAUUUUGAGUUGGAAAUGCAAACUGCUGCUCAAACUUCCGCUUUGGAGAAAUCUUAUAAAUUACCUGACGGCCAAGUUAUUACUAUUGGUAAUGAACGUUUCCGUACACCAGAAGCCCUUUUUCAGCCUUCCUUAUUAAAUAUUGAAGGUGGUGGUAUUCAUCAAAUUAUUAAUGAUUCUAUUAUGAAGUGUGAUGAUAAGUUUCAUAAAGAUCUUUUGAGUAACAUUGUUCUUUCUGGAGGCAAUACUAUGUAUCCCGGAAUUGCAGAUAGAUUACAGAAGGAACUUACAUUAUUAUCACGUUAUUGUACCUCACAAUAUGCCAUUAUGAUAAAGGUUGUAUCUUAUCCAAACCGCAAAUAUUUAACCUGGAUUGGUGGUUCAAUCUUGGCUUCUCAUCCAAAAUUUCAAGAGAUGUGGAUUAAUAAACAAGAAUAUGACGAAUUUGGUCCUUCUAUUGUUCAUCGCAAGGGUUCAAAUGCCUCAAAAAUAUCAGCUGCGCUGAGUAUUGCCUGUACAACAGUAUAUGAAACUAUAGAUCAUUAUAAAAAAACUGGUUCUUCAUAUCCUAAAAAAUGA